CAGGGGAGUUAAGAUUAUAAAAAGCACGCCUUGUCUCUCCAAGUCCCGGUCAGCUUGCUCUCUCUUGUUUUUUCAGAAACCGAGGAAUUGGAAGUCAUGGCUGCGAAGCCCAAACUUUAUUACUACGAUGGAAGAGGCAGGGGAGAAUCUGUGCGCUGGCUCUUGGCCGCUGCUGGGGUGGAGUUUGAAGAAGUGCUUUUCAGAACAGCUGAAGAAUUUGAGAAUUUAAUUAAGGGUGGAAACCUAAUGUAUCAACAAGUGCCAAUGGUUGAAAUGGAUGGAAUGUACAUGGUACAAACCAGGGCCAUCCUGAAAUAUAUAGCUGCGAAAUACAACCUGUAUGGGAAGGACCUGAAGGAGAGAGCACUUAUUGACAUGUAUGUGGAAGGGAUGAGGGAUCUGAAUGACAUGAUUAUGUUCUUCAUAUUUUCUUUGCGUGAAGAAAAACAAAAGAAUCUCAACUAUAUCCUGGAGAGAGCCACCGAGAGAUUCUUCCCAGUGUAUGAGAAGGCAUUAAAAGACCAUGGGAAAAAUUAUCUUCUUGGCAACCAGCUGAGCUGGGCAGAUGUACAGCUGAUUGAAGUCAUCCUAAUGGUUGAAGAACUCAAGUCUGGUGUUCUUUCUGCAUUCCCUAAGCUUCAGGAGUUCAAAGCUAGAAUCACCAAGCUCCCCAAUAUUCAGAAAUUCCUUCAGCCUGGUAGUCAAAGAAAGCCACCAGAGAUCGAUGAUGCAGCUUUGGAAGUUUUAAAAAAAAUAUUCAAGCUUGAUGAAGACUUGGUUCUUAAACACAUGAGCUGAAUAUUCACAAAGAGUUCGGAAGAACACAAUUAUUUUAGUUUCUAUCUAUAGUUAUGCCCACAGAAAUACUAGGAUGUGCUCCAAUGGCUUUCCUAGAGUUUAGUAACUAGCAAAUGUGAUUCCUCCCUAUAGAGCUUAUUCUAAAUCAGAAAACCUAGUAUUUACAUUGCUUUUUAUAAAACUUCAUUUAAUUAGAACUUCACCUUAAUUGGGGUUGUAGAAUCAUAGAUUAUAUUCUUAUUUUUAUUUCCAAUUGAAUAAAUAGCUAAAUUUAGAGCCAGAAGAGAACUUAGUGGUUGUUAGUAUCAUUCCCUCCUUCCAGCCCCUUUCCAUGUCCCCCAAGUGCUUUUUAUUGGAACAGUAACUGAAGCUCAGAGUACUUAAGUGACAUACUCCAAGAUCCCACAAAUAGUGUGUAGAACAGGGAUCCAAGUUCAGGUCAAGUAUAAAACGUAGAUAAUAAUAGCACUGAACAAACCAUCAAUGAACU